AUGGAGGGUCCGAAUGUGGAGGAGCUGCUGGUGCAGGCGGAGCAGGACGCGGCUCAGAAGCUGCAGCGCAUCACGGUGCAGGAACUGGAGCUGGAGUUCGACCUGGGCAACCUGCUGGCCUCGGACCGGAACCCUACCACGGUGCAGCACUCGGGAGCCACGCCGCAGGCCGAGCUGUGGCAGCUGCCCACGGAGCGCGUGGAGGAGGCGGUGGUGACGCGGCUGCCCGAGCCCAGCACCCGCCUGCCCCGAGAGAAGCCACUGCCCCGGCCACGGCCCCUGACCCGCUGGCAGCAGUUCGCAUGCCUGAAGGGCAUCCGUCCCAAGAAGAAGACCAACCUGGUGUGGGACGAGGCCAGCGGCCAGUGGCGGCGUCGCUGGGGCUACAAGCGCGCCCGGGAGGACACCAAGGAAUGGCUGAUCGAGGUGCCAGGUGGCGCGGACCCCAUGGAAGACCAGUUUGCCAAGCGCAUUCAGGCCAAGAAGGAACGCGGGGCCAAGAACGAGCUGAGCCGGCUGCAGAACCUGGCCCGCGCGCACAAGAUGCAGGUGCCCAGCGCCGCCGGCCUGCACCCCACACGGCCCCAGAGUAAGGAGGAGCUGGGCCGCGCCAUGCAGGUGGCCAAGGUCUCCACCGCCUCGGCGGGCCGCUUCCAGGAGCGCCUCCCCAAGGAGAAGGCGCCUCGGGGCUCCGGCAAGGAGAGGAAGUUUCAGCCUCUUUCGGGACUUUGCAGCCGAGAUAAGAGCCAGGUGGAGCUACUUCGAGUCACGAGCAGCAAGAAGCCUCAGCUGGACGUGGCAAGGGCCACCAAUAAACAGAUGAGGGAGGAGGACCAGGAGCAGAGGAAGAAAAUGAGCCAGAAGGGCAAGAGAAAAGGAAGCCGACCAGGUCCUGGGGGCAAGAGGAAAGGUGGCGGUCCGCCCAGCCAGGGGGGGAAGAGAAAGAGAAAGGGAGGCUUGGGCGGCAAGAUGCAGUCCAGACCGCCUGGCGUGGGUGGCAAAAGGAGAGGAGGAGUGCAACCCCAAGGAGGGAAGAGGCGGAAGUAA